AGACAUGAAUAAAUGUUGAAAUUCUUCAGUCAAGAUGUUGAUCCAGGCUAUUUUUGUGUCACUCCUCACAACCCAAGUUUUGAGUUACGGAUCAGAUAACCGUAUUGUCUAUUCUUUCACUGCAAGUGCAAAUCAAUUUCCACAUCAGGUAUCACUAGCUCGUUCAAAUAUCUGGGGUGUACCAGAUCAAUUAGAACAACGUUCAUAUUGUGGUGGUUCAAUUAUCAACAACAGUUGGAUUCUAACAGCAGCUUAUUGUGUUUAUGGAAUUCCAACAACAUCAGCAAGUAGAAUUAUCAUUCUUGCUGGAAAACAUAAUCUUACUGAUACAUUUGAGCCUCAUCAACAAAGUCGUUUAGCCAGUCGUAUACAUAUUCAUCCUUCUUAUCCAGGACAAAAUGCUCAACAUGAUAUUGCUCUUAUUAAAUUAAGUGAACCACUUGUUUUUGAUGCAUAUGUUAAACCAGUUGUUCUUCCAAAUUUAAAUGCAAAUCACAGUGGUGAAGGAUACAUCAGUGGUUGGGGUUCAACUUCAAAAACCGAGAUAGAAAUUAUGCCAAAUAUUUUGCAUUAUGAUCAUGUUCCACUGGUAGCUUAUGAUGUAUGUCGAAAUACAAUGAAACAAAUGGGCAUACAUUUGGAAAUAUUUUCUACACAAUUAUGUACUGGACCACGUGGUGGAAUUAUUUCAACAUGUAUUGGUGAUUCUGGUGGUCCACUUGUUACAAAUUAUCUUACAAAUGGUAAAUAUGAACAAAUUGGUAUUGUUUCUUGGGGUCUUUAUCCAUGUGGUAUCAGUGAAAUAUCAUCUGUUUAUACACGUGUUAGUUAUUAUGUUUCUUGGAUCAAUCAAAUAAUGUCAACAUACUAAAUUACUAAAAUAUAUAAAAGCUCAAUAUGUUAAUUCAAUUAUUAUAUAUGAUACCUUUUUUUUUAUAUCAAAUUUUAAUGUCUUAACAUGUGUAAUGAUUUUUUGUUUUAUUAUGAUGUAAAAUUAAAUUGUUUUGAUGAUUAAUU